GAGCAUCAUCGUGGGUGUCGUAAUUGUUGACGCAGCCACCAGUCCCCACUCCCAGUCUCAACAGCCUAUAGUCCCUUCAAGUCGGCUCUCUUGCCCAAUUGCAUUCCCCUGCUUCCUGCCAUCACAGCACACAAGGAUCCAGAAAAUUCCCGUCCUGGUCUCUGUCUUCUGAAACCCCAUUAUGAGCCAUCCUUGUAUCCCCACCAAUCCAAAUCCCCAAACAGAAAAAGGGUAAGAGCCUCCUCACCUCUUCACCUAUAUAGACAUGCACCGAGUUGGAUUGGACAUAAAGAAAAAUACAAUGUCUCCCCUCCUCCUUCCUCUCCUCCUCCUUCUUGUCCACAUAAUAACCGGGGCGGCCGUGCAGCUCUGCCCCGAUUAUUACUCCGAGACGUGCCCGGAAGCUGAAACCAUAGUCCGGGGUGUCAUGAAGAAGGCUUAUGAUAGAGAGCCGCGAAGCCUUGCCUCGGUCAUGCGCUUCCAAUUCCAUGAUUGCUUUGUUAAUGGUUGUGAUGCUUCUAUGUUACUCGAUGACACUCCAACCAUGCUUGGGGAAAAACUCUCCCUUUCAAACAUAAAUUCACUGAGAUCUUAUGAGGUUGUUGAUGAAGUCAAGGAAGCCUUGGAGAAAGCCUGUCCUGGUGUUGUUUCUUGUGCUGACGUCAUAAUCAUGGCUUCUAGAGAUGCUGUUGCUCUGACUGGAGGACCAGAUUGGCAAGUAAAGGUAGGAAGAUUGGACAGCUUAACAGCUAGCCAAGAAGCCUCGGACAACAUUAUGCCGAGUCCAAGAGCCGAUGCAAUCUCCCUCAUUGACCUCUUUGCCAAAUUCAAUCUUUCUGUCAAAGACCUUGUUGCGCUUUCAGGGUCACACUCCAUUGGACAGGGGCGGUGCUUUUCCAUCAUGUUUCGGCUGUACAACCAAUCCGGCACUGGCAGGCCAGACCCUGCCAUUGAACCAAAGUUUAGAGAAAAGCUAAAGAAACUAUGCCCUUUGAAUGUGGACCAAAAUGUGACUGGAGACCUUGAUGCUACACCUAUAAUAUUUGAUAACCAGUACUUCAAGGACUUGGCUUCCGGGAGAGGGUUUCUGAAUUCGGAUCAAACACUUUUCACAUUUCCGCAGACAAGAGGAUUUGUUAAGCUGUUCAGCAAUGAUCAAGGAGAAUUUUUCAAGGCUUUUAUUGAGGGGAUGAUAAAGAUGGGUGACUUGCAGAUUGAGCAACCUGGGGAGAUAAGGAAAAAUUGCAGGGUGGCUAAUCGUCGCCCUAUCAACACAUUCUGAGAGUCUUGAAGGGAUCAGACUUAAGAUUAGAAAGAAUACAGAUUACGAAGUUCUAUUCGUAGUCUGAUUUCUUGUCAUUAUGAAGGUUUUGGUUGGAAUAUAUGAAAAGAGAAAGUAGAGUGAUGUUGAUAGUAAACAGAA